UUACAAUUCAUCCUCAGAUCCCAUUCAACAAAGUUUUAUUCUAGUUGAACAAAGCCUCAGUCUCGCGAUAUCAUGGGCUAUUAUAUGUCAAAGCUUCUGGGAACGGAGUCACUUGAUGAGAACUCUUUAGUGGAUAGCACCUGGCCCGGCAGAGUGAUAGGCUACCCGCCACCAUUCCAAGACCCUAGAUCGCUUGACGAUGACUAUAACUUCCCCCUUGAUGGAAAAGACAUUGCUUCUUUGUCUGACCAUGAACUUCUACGAGCGUUAUUCAAAGCCCCUACACUUUAUAAAUACGGCUCUGUUACAGUUUCACGUGUUUCCAAAGACAUUGUCAUCAAAGGUGGUAGCGGCGUGGCAAAAAGUGAAGCAGAAAACAUGAAAUUUGCUUCAGAAAAUUCACAGCUUCCAGUUCCCAAGGUCCAUCGAACUUGCACAGUUGAAGUCCCAAAUGAUGGCUACGAGUUCGACGCACCCUCGUCAUAUCUUGAUUUGAUUGUAAUGGACUACAUCAAAGGAUCCACUGUUGAAAGACUCUGGCCAUCCUUCGACAUGACCGCCAAAGAAACCGUGGCACAGCAGGUCGCGGACGUCAUCAACAAGAUGCAAUCUACCGUCCUCAAUCAUAUGCCAAUGGGGCCUAUUGGUAGGGCCCAGAAUGGCAAAUUCCAAGGUCCAUGGUUCACAGGCUACGGCGCAGGGCCUUUUGACACGCUCAAAGAACUUGAGGACUGGUGCAAUCACAACAUCGAUGUCGGCAUCAGGGUCAAACGAUUAUUCACCGAGACGCCGAGGUUUGAGUUUCGAGAUACGGUUCUUACCCACCAAGAUCUGGCGAUGAGAAAUCUGGUCGUCGAUGAGGAUAUGAAGGUUUGGGUAAUCAACUGGAGCAGCGCUGGUAUAUACCCGAAGGAAUUCGAACAAGCCGCCUUGCGGCUUCAGGCGGAGGACAAUGAGUAUGUUGAUAUGGUGUUGGGGAGGCUCUCUGAUCGACAAGGUAUUGUGAUUGAUCAGUUUACUAAGAUCGUAUAUGGGCUCAAAAUUGGGCGUAUUCGGUCAACUGGGCAUCCUUAA